GUAAUCGCGGAAGGAUUUCACGGAAAGGAUAGUUGCUCGUAAAUUGUUAUCAUAAUGGCUGCUAUUCUGCGUCGAUCGAGCUUGCUGUUGGCGGAUAUUGCCACCAAAUCGUCCCCUAAGGUAUUAUCUGGUGGAUCUCAACGGCGCCAUCUUAAUGUCCAGGAGCAUGUUUCGUAUAGCUUCCUUAACGAAGCGGGCAUCCCAACCCCAAGAUUUGGUGUAGCAACAUCUGGUUCCGAGGCCGAAAAAAUCGCAGCUGACUUGAAGACUAAAAAUCUUGUACUGAAGGCGCAAGUUCUAGCCGGUGGUCGUGGAAAAGGCAGUUUCAAAAAUGGGCUAAAAGGAGGUGUUCGUGUGGUGUUUUCACCACAGGAAGCUAAGGAAAUUUCGAGCAAAAUGAUUAAUCAGCUUCUUGUAACCAAACAAACUGGUGCUGCCGGGCGUAUUUGCAAUUCGGUAAUGGUGGCUGAACGGAAGUUCCCUCGUCGUGAAUUUUACUUUGCUGUUAUGAUGGAAAGAGCCUUUAACGGCCCAGUUCUCAUAGCUUCUUCGCAAGGCGGUGUAAACAUCGAAGAGGUUGCGGCAGAAAACCCAGAUGCGAUUGUCUACGAACCCAUUGAUAUUAACAAAGGGUUGCAGAAGGAUCAAGCGAUCCAGGUCGCUAAGAAGGUUGGACUGCAGGACAAACUUGAAGAAACAGCUAAAAUGCUACUCAAUAUGUACGAUCUGUUCGUGAAAAAAGAUGUGCUAUUGAUUGAGAUUAACCCGUAUGCAGAAGAUGCCGCGGAGACUUAUUUCGCUCUUGAUGCUAAGAUGCGCUUCGAUGACAAUGCCGAAUUCCGUCAAAAAGAGCUAUUCGCAAAGCGGGAUCUCACGCAGGAGGAUAAAAAGGAAGUGGAAGCUUCCAAAUUUGAUCUGAAUUACAUCGCCCUGGACGGUUCAAUCGGAUGCCUCGUAAAUGGUGCUGGAUUGGCGAUGGCUACAAUGGACAUCAUUAAGCUGCACGGUGGCGAUCCAGCUAAUUUCCUCGACGUUGGUGGUGGUGCGAGCGUGAAAGCAGUGAAAGAAGCUUUCAAAAUCAUCACAUCCGACCCGAAAGUACACGCAAUCCUUGUUAACAUUUUCGGAGGUAUCAUGCGUUGCGACGUAAUUGCUGAGGGUAUUAUUCAAGCUACGAAGGAGCUCAAUAUAAAAAUGCCCAUCAUAGUGCGACUGCAAGGUACUAACGUGAACGAAGCGAAGGAACUUAUUAAAAAAUCGAAGCUACGCAUCCUGCCCAAGGAUGAUUUGGAUGAGGCGGCAAUGUUGUCGGUGCAUCUGGCGCAGAUUGUACAUCUUGCCCGGGAGGCCCACUUGGACGUAAGCUUCGAAUUGCCCGAUUCCUAUGUUGUCUAAAUUUUAAUGAAUAAAUGAUUGAGGUGUGCGAACACGCCAGACAAUUAAAAAAUAUUAAUAACGACGUGCAUGUGUCAAGUAACGAUACUAACUCUCACUAUCUCUAUUUAUAAUUUUUUGUGAAUGUGUUUCACUCCGUAUAUCAUAUCGGCAAAAGUCAUAUGCAACAAAAAAAAAAAAAAAGAAAUAAACGCACCAUUAGACAAUGUCUGCUGGACAAGAGAUUGAAACGUUGUAAGAAUGAAAUU